CCACAAGAAUAGCCGUUCCGGACGCAUCAACCCUUUGCCGAGAUGUUGAUUCGUGUUUGGCAGCCGAUACUGACCGAUGGGAAUAAAACCAAACAGGAUUCCUUGUGGUGACUGAUCCUUCAGCUCCCCUCCCCCCUCAUCUUCUCCCAUGUCCGACUCUGAAAAGGUCCCCGGCGGCGAGCCUUCGCCAGCCGAAACCGCGCCUGCCAAACGAGAGUACAAGGAGUUCGGCCAUGACGAAGUGAAGGCUACGCACGCCCUGGUAGACAUGAGCACCAUCGAGUUGAAGGCGGAGGAUCUCUACGACAAGGAGAAGGUCGACCUGGAGACGAUCGUCAUUGACGACGUCUUCAAGCUGCUGCAGUGCGACGAGAAUGGUCUGAGCCAGGACGAGGCUACCCGUCGUUUGGAGCUUUUCGGUCCCAACAAGCUCGAGUCGGAGGAGCAGAACCCUUUCCUGCAGUUCCUUUCUUUCAUGUGGAACCCGCUCUCCUGGGUGAUGGAAGCCGCCGCUUUGGUUGCCAUCGCUCUGUCCAACGGUCAAGGCCAGCCUCCCGACUGGCAGGAUUUCGUCGGUAUCGUCCUGCUACUCCUCAUCAACUCGUCCAUCGGUUUCUACGAAGAGCGUGGUGCGGGUAACGCGGUCAAGGCUCUCAUGGAUUCGCUCGCACCCAAGGCCAAAUGCAAGCGUGGAGGUUCUUGGUCCGAAAUCGAGUCCGCCGACCUCGUCCCCGGUGACAUGGUUUCAUUCAAGAUUGGUGACAUCGUUCCCGCCGACUGCCGUCUCACCGAGGCCAUCAACGUGUCCAUCGACCAGGCCGCCUUGACUGGUGAAUCCCUGCCCCAGUCAAAGAAGCUCGGCGAUCAAUGUUUCUCGGGUUCCACUUGCAAGAACGGUGAAGCCGAGGGUGUGGUGAUCUCCACCGGUGCCAACACUUUCUUCGGUCGCGCUGCCUCCCUUGUCGGACAGGACGACGACACCACUGGUCACUUGCAGAAGAUUCUCGCCCAAAUUGGAUCGUUCUGUCUCGUUGUCAUUGGUAUCUUCGUCUUGGCGGAGAUCCUGGUUCUCUACGCUGGAUUCCGUUACUCUUACCGUCGUGGUCUCAACAACAUCCUUGUGUUGCUCAUUGGUGGUAUUCCCAUCGCCAUGCCUACCGUGUUGUCUGUCACCCUGGCCGUCGGCGCGCAACAGCUUGCCAGCUACAAGGCCAUCGUCACCCGUAUCACUGCCAUCGAGGAACUUGCCGGUGUUACCAUUCUGUGCUCCGACAAGACUGGUACUUUGACCACCAACAAGCUCACCAUUGAUCGCCAGACCCUGGUUACUUACUCGUCUUUCUCUGCCGACGACGUUAUCCUUCUGGCUGCCUACGCGUCUCGCACUGAGAACCAGGAUGCCAUCGACACCUGUGUUGUUGCCUCUGUCGGUACUGAGCGCGCUCGGGCUGGGAUCAAGCUCUUGGACUUCAAGCCGUUCAACCCCGUUGACAAGCGUACCGAGAUCACCUACCGUGAGGAAGCCACUGGCAAGCUGAAGCGUGUCACCAAGGGCAUGACUGGCGCCAUCAUUGAGCUUUGCACCCGCAACAAGACUGAGGAGCUCGAGGCCAAGCUCGAGAAGGACGUCGAGGAGUUUGCUACCCGUGGACUGCGUUCUUUGGCUGUCGCCUUCGAGGAGCUUGAGAGCACCGACCACGAGGCUGAGGGCAACGGUUUCGAACUCAUCGGUCUUCUGGCCAUCUUUGAUCCUCCCCGUGAUGAUACCAAGCAGACCAUCGACGAUGCGAUGGCUCUCGGUGUGAAGGUCAAGAUGGUUACUGGUGAUCAGCUCGCUAUUGCUAAGGAAACUGGACGUCGUCUCGGUCUCGGUGAUCACAUGUACCCUGCCAAGGUUCUCAAGGACGGACCCACGCCCGGUGGCAAGCACGCGACUCUGGAUGAGAUGAUCAUGGAUGCGGACGGUUUCGCUGGUGUCUUCCCCGAGCACAAGUACGAGAUUGUCAAGCGUCUCCAGGGUCUCGGCCACCUUUGCGCCAUGACCGGUGACGGUGCCAACGACGCUCCCGCUCUUUCCCGUGCCAACGUUGGUAUCGCUGUCGAGGGUGCCACUGACGCUGCUCGUGGUGCUGCCGACAUUGUGCUUACCGAGCCCGGUCUUUCCACCAUCGUGCACGCCAUCCGCGGCUCCCGUGUCAUUUUCCAACGUAUGCGCAACUACUCGAUCUAUGCCUGCGCUGUGACGAUCCGUAUCGUGGUCUGCUUCGCCAUUCUGGCCUUUGCGUACAAGUUCGACUUCCCGCCGUUCAUGAUUCUGAUCAUCGCGCUUCUCAACGACGGAACGAUCAUGACCCUGUCUGUUGACCGUGUGCUGCCGAGCAACACUCCGGACUCUUGGGACUUGACCGAGAUUUUCUCGUACGCUGUGGCUUACGGAUUGUACCUGACCAUGUCCACUGUUGCGUUUGUGAUCAUCAUCCUCGAGACGACCUUCUUCCAGGACAAGUUCGGUGUCAGCCUUGAGACUUUCCCUGUGCAGCACAACGACCGUCAGCUGCACAUGGUUGUCUACCUGCAGGUGGCCAUCAUCUCGCAGGCGCUCAUCUUCGUCACUCGGUCGCACAGCUUCUUCUUCAUGGAGCGUCCGUCGACGGCUCUGUUCUGCGCGUUCUGCAUUGCCCAGCUGAUCUCGAGUAUCAUUGCGGUGUACGCCAACUGGGGCUUCACUCAGAUCCAGGGUGUCAGCGGUGGUUGGAUCGGUAUCGUGUGGAUCUGGGUGAGUCGCGUGUCUGCCUGUGUGCGCGUUGGUCUUUUUUGCUGAACGAUGUUUGCAGGACAUCCUCUGGUUCGUGCCUCUGGACUGGAUCAAGUUCGCGAUGAAGGCGACCGUCAUCAAGCACCUGCGGGAGCGCCGCGAGGCUGCUGCUGCUGUUGUUGCCGCCUCCACCGACGGUGUUCCGAUGACGAGGACCCAGUCCCGUGCGGCGUCUCUCCACGAGAGCUUGUACUCCAACCGUGUCAGCUUCAUCAAGCGUGCUGCCCGCAAGGUUGGCUUUGGGCAGAAGCUGUCGAUCAAGCCCGAGGAGCUCCAGCGCUUCAGCUCGAUCCAGGCGCAGCGCACGGGUGCCACGCUUGCGCGCAACCCGUCGCGGACCCCGGCAUAGAUCCCGCCGACGAUCGUCCACAAUACACUCUAGACCUGCCCUUGACUUGUACAACAGACGUCCGAUAUACGACUGCUACCCUUCGCUUGACGAUGCGCUAUCCUCCUGCACCCUAUUUACCCAGCAUACCAUCAGCUUCAACCUCAUCCUUAUUCUGCCCAUCUUCUUUGCGAUGCCUCGCGCAUCGCUACCGUAAUAGUUUCUCAUUAAUAUGGAGGCUUGGUGUCGAUAGAUAGCAUGGUACGAUACGACUGACGACUAUGUUGACUCGCCAUAUUGCCUUUGAAUACAAAAUGAAUGUGAUGGAUGUAUUAAA